ACAUUUCCCAAUACACGCGAUUUUUCAUUCUUGGUUGCUCCGCUAUAUAUAUAUAUUCUGUUCUGUUCACAGAAUCUAACCGUCUCAAAUAUCGAAUUUCGGAAGGCGAUAGAAGCGAGGAAACUAGGGUUCUAAUUGUAUUGCGAUUGAUUAUCGAUGGCGGAAGCGGAUUCCAACCUUCAACAACCUUUGUUGGUGAAGAGUGAAGAGGAGCAGAGGCUCAAAUACCUUGAGUUCGUUCAGAUUGCGACUCUUCAUACGUUGAUGUACGCCGCGAAACUGUACAGUUAUGCGAAGGAGAAUUCGGGACCUCUUAAGCACAGCGUGGACACCGUGGAAGGGACUGUCAAAACCGUGGUUCGGCCGGUUUACGAAAAGUAUCAAGGUGUUCCCGUGGAAGUUCUUAAGUUCGUCGAUAGGAAGGUUGACGAAUCCGUGAACAAAGUUCAGAGCCGUGUCCCCCCAACACUGAAAGAGGUUUCAGUUCAAGCCUUCAAGAAGGCUCAGAAAGCACCUGCAGCAGCCCGAUCUGUUGUGUCGGAAGUCAAGAGCAACGGUGUUGUGGGAACAGCCUCCGAGCUUGCGAAAACUGUGUACGCCAAAUAUGAGCCUACUGCAAAGGGUCUUUACACCAAGUAUGAACCGGUGGCCGAGCAGUACGCAGCAACGGCGUGGCGCUCGCUCAACCAACUCCCCCUCUUCCCGCGCGUGGCCAAGGCCAUCGCCCCGACAGCGAGCUACUAUACGGAGAAGUACAAUGAAGGCGUGCAGUAUGCUGCCGGGAAAGGGUACAAAGUUGCAUCCCAUCUUCCAUUGGUUCCUACCGAAAGGAUCGCAAAAGUCCUUAGCACAUAAAUAAGAUCAAUGGGUCUGCUUUGAUUCUAUAUGAUGCUUUGCUGCUGUGCUGUGUGCUUUAUGUCUUGCCUGCCUUAAUUUCUAAUGUUGGUUACAUCUGGAUUUGGUUUUAUCUUGUGGCUUGCUCAACUGAACUGGGAUAUAUAUGCUAGUGUAUUUGGCAUGAGUCAUUUA